UUGUUACACUUGGUAGAUGGUUGUAUGAGUAACACUGCUUUGUUAAUAUUAGGUUUGAGGUGAUUGGUAUCUUUUGACUGUUUCUUCUUGCCAUUUGUUGUCCAUUUCCAAGUUUAGAGCUUUUUCUUCUGCAAGAAUGGCACCCUUUUUGCUUGUAAAAUGACUGCCUCAGAAUUGUCCAUUUAGAAAAGAAGGAAGAUCUGAGUCAAACUGAACAAGUAAUAAGCUGUUAGAACUCCUUUUCAGCAGUUAGGUCUGUGAUUUUAUAAUAGAUCAGCUACUGGACAACCUUAAGGAAUAUAUUUCAUAAAAGUUAAAUUUCAUUAAAAGCAUGACUACUUGUAUAUUGUAUUAAAAAAAAGAAACAAAACCCAGCACCUUGCAUUUUUCACAGAAGCUUACUUUUUUACAAUUAGAGCUACAUAGGAGUACCUGAUAUAGAAGGAAUGAUUAAAAAAACCCAAACAAAUCAAUAAACCAAACCAACCAACAGGGAGGGUGUAGUUUAAUGUUAUAGAAAUGUUUGCGUUUUAAUGCAUUUGACUUUGAUACUCCUGUUUCACUGAUAGGUGAAAAAUAUCUUUUGCCUAUCCAGACUUGCUUCAGACCUUAAUCUUUAAGAACAACUCUUUGGAACCUCUAAUCAGGAAUAAAGCAGAAGUCACCUGAAUUCUCUUGUGCACUACUGAGACGAAAUGACAUUCAUGUUUGCCAUGAAUGGAAGUCAUGGCAGCACCUAACAUGGGAGUGAGAGGCAUGAGUGGACAAUGUGGCGUGACUCAUUCAGAUUGCAGAUCUUCUGCCUGCUUAUGGCAGUACUGGCUAUUGUGGUGCUGGUCCACAAUUUUUUUCAGUUAGAGCACCUGGAUGAUGACACAGUUUCAGGAUCAAAUUGGAUAACAGAAAACAAUGUUGAGCGUUCUCUAUCACAGACAACUAAAACUGCCAGGAAGCCUUACUGUGGUUACAAGCAGCAGACUUUGUCCAAAAGAGAACAAGUGGAACAGGAAUCAUUGCUUGCUGCAAUACAGUGGCCAGAGUUGCCUGAUGGCAAAAUUGCCUUUGUACAAAGCACUGAUCCCGCACAUAGUGACUUUGUGAUUGUGAAACCCAGCAGGUUGUUCAAGGUGGGUGAUCAGUUAGAGGUGCUUGUUCAUAUGAAGGAUUUCCAAGGAAAACCUAAGCAAUAUGGUGGCGACUAUCUACAGGCACGAAUUCACUCUCCUCUGCUGAAAGCUGGAGCAACAGGAAAGAUUGUAGAUUGCCACAAUGGCCUUUACAAAGUCUUCUUUACCUUGCUUUGGCCAGGGGAGGUCAAAAUUUCUGUAUCACUUGUCCAUCCGAGUGAAGCAAUUCGAGUCCUCCUGCGUUUACGAGAAGAAAGGCCUGACAGGGUCUAUUUCAAAAGCUCAUUCAAGUCUGGGAGGUAUUCAGAAACUACUGAGUGUAAUAUUUGCCUGCCUGGAGAUCUUCCGGUCUGUAACUUCACAGAUCUCUACACGGGUGAGCCAUGGUUUUGUUACAAGCCUCGAAAACUCCCCUGUGCCAGCCGAAUCAGCCAUGCCAAGGGUGGAUAUCAAAAAGGUCUUCUGACACGAGAAGAAAGCCUCUUUUUCCAAAGUGAUGUGAAUAUCAAAAGGCCAAUACUCUCCAGUGGACCUGAUUCAGUGAUUGUAAAGCCCAAGGCAUUUACAGAUUCCAGCAGUAUAGACAGAACUGAAGAUUCUAUGGCUUCACCUUCUGGUUAUUAUUAUGAAGAUCAGUGGAGGUCCAGAACACACUGGAUCCAUCAUUUUAACAAGUCAGAUGAUAUAACCAAGUGCUUACAAGGAAAAGUAAUCCACCUGUUUGGAGACUCUACAAUAAGGCAGUGGUUUGAAUAUCUGACAGCAUCUGUUCCAGAUCUAGUGGAAUUUAACCUGGGGAGUCCUAAGAAUGUGGGACCUUUCAUGUCUGUUGACCUGAAGCACAAUAUCCUACUGAAGUUCCGCUGUCAUGGGCCACCCAUUCGUUUCUCCACAGUCUUUAGCAGUGAGCUGCACUACAUUGCCAAUGAACUGAAUGGUAUAGUGGGUGGGAGAAACACAGUGAUAGCCAUAACUAUAUGGUCCCAUUUCAGCACUUUCCCUGUGGAAGUGUAUAUUCGGCGGCUGAGGAACAUUCGGAGAUCAAUUAUUCAAUUGCUGGAUCGCAGCCCCAAGACUUCAAUCAUCAUCAGAACUGCCAAUGUUCAGGAGCUUGGGCCAGAAGUGAGCCUUUUUAACAGUGAUUGGUAUUCCUUUCAGCUUGAUUCUGUAAUGAGAAAAAUGUUCUCAGGAAUUGCUGUGCACUUCGUGGAUGCCUGGGAGAUGUCUCUGGCUCACUACUUGCCGCAUAACUUGCACCCAAAAGAAAUAAUUGUUAAGAAUCAAAUAAAUGCAUUUUUAUCGUACGUGUGCCCUUUGCAAACUUAGCACAAGUAGGUACCCAUAUGUCAUCUUUUGCUAUAGCUGAAGCAAAGUUGUUCUUUGUUGGAGCAAUUGAAGUAGGCUGGGUGGUACGGAAGAACUCUGGUUAUUGUACCUGCAUGCAGCAUAAAGUGGGUGGCCUUAUCUCUGGGUAGCUGUGAAGCGUGGUAGAGAGGAGUUGAUUGUUCAGGCCAUAUCUUCCUGCAAGGCUGAUUCCUGUCAACCUUACCAUUCAUAUCUGAGAUUAUUAGAGAGCACUUUAAAUUA